GUCCGGGAAGGAUGCAAUUGCAGAAGGACUGCUUGACCUCUUAAAACCAGCUGUCCAGCAGCUUGAUCUUCAUGUACACUCAGUGAGAUGUGUUACAGCUGUGUGAAUAGCGAUGGAAAUGGCAUCUUCCGCAGAUCUGUUGGAGCGGUAGGUAAAUUGGAGUGGGUCCAGCGUGCGUGGCCUGCUGGCCAUGAUCAGCACCUUGAAGCACUUCAUGAUGACCGGGGUGGGGAAUACAACCUGGGAGAGGAAGAGGUUGAAGAUGUCCGAGAAGACUCCCGCCAGCUUUUCAGCACACACUCUGAGGAAGAGGCCAGGGAUGCCAUCUGGACCGGCGGCUUUGGAAAGCCAGGUGGAACUACGAGAACACAUAGACAAUCUAGCCACAGAGCUGUGCAGGAUAAAUGAGCACCAGAAGGUGGUGCUAGACCUGGACCCCUAUGUGAAAAAGCUGCUGAAUGCGAGACGCAGGGUGGUGCUGGUCAACAACAUACUACAGAAUGCUCAGGAACGGCUGCGACGGCUCAAUCACAAUGUCGCCAAGGAGACUGCGCGUCGAAAGACCAUGCUGGAGACCUCUGGAGCGUUCACUCCUCGGUCGCCUAGUAAACCAUGACCACAGCCUCACUCCUCAGCCUGGAAAACAACACAACUUGUCUGCCUUCCUCCUGGACUUAAUAAAGUUUUCACAUUCAACUUUCCACUGGGGUUGGGCGGUAUCCAGAUGUUCAUACCUUCAUACCGUUCCGGUACCAUACCGGGGUAUACGGGAUUACCGUCAGUGUGCACAAGGGGCGCUAUUUAUUUUAAAAUGUAAAGAGUGUAUAUAUGUAUGUGUGUGUGUGUUGGGGUCCCAACAAAUGAUAACAAAUUACUAGAGAAUUCCCAUAGCGGAUGCUAGUUAAAUGCUAAUAAGCGAAAGCGAACAUAAACGAAUUGCAAGGACAGAUAACCAUCUCAAAUGGCUACUCACAGUUUGCUGUAGUACAAAAUAAAUAUUAGAUAGCAGGGAUAUUGAUCCAUUAGGGAUUGAUUGUCUUUGCUGUAACCAAGAAGCUUGAUCUAGCUGCAUAGCUGAAGCCUUGAGAUGAUAAUUUAUUUGGCACAUCAUAGAUGGUUAACUUUUAUGCAGUGGCAUAGCAAACGGUAUUGAAAAUCAUACCAUCUGUAUUUCAAAAUGUCCCGGCAUACGGUAUGUUGCCCAAGCCUACGCUAUGAGAGUGGGUGGAAUAUUUCUUUCCAUUCUCACAGACUAUGCUCAUUUUACCUGCUGAAACGCCGACCUUACCUCUGCUUUGUGCUAAUGGUCAACGAGUACAUAUCUUGUAUAGUCAUAAAUUACUCAUUACAAUAAGCCAAAAGCAAUUAGAAUCAGGAGCGCUUUGCUUCAGAAACGGACACAAGUUGAUACAAUGUUAAGAUUGUGCAAGCUAAAAUUAGAAUUGAAAAUAAAAAUAAUUUGAAAGCGAUCUAAAGUCGUGCUUUUCACCAUUGCAUAUAUGUACAGCUUUGCUAUGGCCACAGGAGGGCAUGGUUCAUCCUUAACACAUGACACUGUUUGACUAAGGUUUGCCAAUCAAUCACUUGUCACACUAUUUUUCACAGUUCAUGAAAAUGAAUUAAACAAUGCAUUUAAUAUGUUCAGACAUUGCAACUCAAAUAGGAUUAAGUGUAGAACCAUGGGUGGCUGGUUAUCCUCAAGUUAUUCAAGGAAAUGUCAGUUUAAAUGCUUUUGGGCGUACAGAUUUUUACGAACCUCUUUCCAGAAUGUGUGAAUGGAUGCAUCUUCAUUCCAUUCAAAGCUAUGCCCACAGAUAUGUAAUUGAUGGAACCGGUUUCUCUGAAGGGUGAUGUAUUUUUUGUCUCUAUGGACUCUGUAACUAGACCCGGCAAUAUAAUAUAGUGCAGAAAAAAAAGACGCAAGGAAUGUUUGGAAACAGCCGUCACUGUUUCACGCUUCUAGCAGCAGCUGAUAUGCACCGCUGCCUGAUGCCUCAAACCUUUUUUUCUUGAUGUCAAAUCGAAUUUUAUUGGUUGCAUACACAUAUUUUGCUGAUGUUAUCGCAGGUGCAGCGAAGUGCUUAUGUUUCUAGCUUCGACAGUGUAGUAAUACCUAAUAGUACAAAACAUCAUGUUAGUGACAACAUCUGUACUUAGUAGAUGCAAUUGAAUAAAACAGAAGCAUUACUAUU